GAAAAAAAAAAAAAACUCUUACCCACUGUUGGUGUAUUUUACACCUUUACAAAAAGUGAAUUAAAAUCCAACAGUAAAUAACAUGUUUCGACACUUUUCGAUUUUCAUAUCUUUCAGAAAAAUCACAAGGCUAUCGAUAUUCUCCAUUUUGGGUUCCCUAAUGAAUCAUCAUUUUGUUGCUUCAACAGUAUCAAAUGGGAAGCAUGAUUGACGUUUGCGGAAUAAGAAGGUAGAAAGAUGCUAAAACAGGUCUUUGUUAGGGGGGUCAAGAGGAGAUUUCAUUUACCAAAACCAUUUGAAACAUGGCGGAAUGCCCCAAAAGAGAAAGCGGAGUGCGUCGUUAUCGGAGCCGGAAUCGUGGGACUGGCAGUGGCCAGAGAGCUUUCGUUGAAGGGGAAAGAGGUUUUGGUCCUGGACUCUGCUCCCACCUUCGGAACAGCCGCCAGCAGCCGCAACAGCGAGGUCAUCCAUGCCGGCAUCUACUAUCCUUCCAAUUCUCUCAAGGCUCGUUUUUGUGUGAGAGGAAGAAAAUUACUCUAUCACUACUGCUCUCAGCGUGGGAUACCUCAUAACCAGAUCGGUAAACUCAUAGUUGCCACAGGUACUUCCGAGAUUCCAAAGUUAAAUCAACUGUUCAAUCGUGGGAUUCAAAAUGGGGUUGAAAAUCUUCGGAUGUUGGACGCUUCUGAGGCUAUCAAAAUGGAGCCUGAAUUGCACUGUGUCAAAGCUUUGCUAUCCCCUGCUUCUGGCAUUCUGGAUUCCCAUUCUCUGAUGCUGUCUUUAGUGGGGGAGGCUGAAACUAAUGGCGCUACCUUCUCUUACAACACUGCUGUCAUUGGAGGUCAUCUUGAAGGAAAUCAAAUGGUCCUCCACGUUUGUGAAACCAAAACACUUACAAACUGGGAUGGAAACACUCCAUUGCAACCGGACCUCCUACUUAUGCCUAUAAUUGUAGUCAAUUCUUCAGGCUUGAGUGCUCCCACUCUGGCUAAGAGAUUCCAUGGUCUAAACACAGCUAUCAUCCCUCCUGCAUAUUAUGCUCGUGGCUCCUACUUUAUCCUUUCAAAUGCAAAUUCUACUAGACAUCCUCCUUUCAAGCACUUGAUAUAUCCUGUACCAGAGGAAGGUGGUCUUGGAGUGCAUGUUACUCUGGACUUAGAUGGUCAGCUCAAGUUUGGCCCAGAUGUUGAGUGGAUUCCUCAUGUACCUGAUACAACCAACUUCCUUAAUAAGUUUGACUAUUCUGUAAGUGUUGAUCGUGUUGCAAGAUUUUAUCCAGAGAUUCGGAAGUACUACCCAAAUCUCAAAGAUGGAUCUCUAAUACCAGGUUAUGCAGGGAUUCGACCAAAACUUCAUGGACCUGGACAGUCUGCCUGUGAUUUUGUAAUACAGGGAGAAGACAUUCAUGGAGUGGGUGGUCUUGUAAAUCUUUUCGGUAUCGAGUCACCCGGGCUGACUUCAAGCAUGGCGAUUGCUGAAUAUGUAGCUGCUUUACUUUUGGGAGGAUGAUGGAGAUAUUCACUGUACAUUCAAAACAAACUUGGUGUCUUCCCAUAGCUAUAGCUAACGUAGCAUCGAAAACGUCAUCGAAAAAGGGAAAGGAGAAAGUGAACGAGGAUAUCGAGUAAACUCGAGAAUUUCGGAUUAGGUACAAAAGAAAGUUAAAGAUUCAGCAUCCAAGCCAAUCCCGGACUUUAAGUGGUGAAUACUUUUCUUUUGAUAAAAUGGCAUAUACCUAGGUUGUUAAGGUGUUAUUUUGUACAUGAUAGUGAAUAUACAUGAAAGCUGUUGAAGCAUGGUAUGAAAUAUGCAUAUUUUAGAAGUUAAACUUACAUGAUUUGGAUUAGUAUGUUAAUGUAGUAUAAUUUUGAUAUGAAUUGUGGUACAUAGUCCUUAAGAGGUAUUGAAGUGAAUGAAUGAAUAUUUGUUAAGUUUAAAUGGCAUAAUAAAUGAUAUUUGAAUUAAGAACUAUUAAUAAA